AUGUCUGGGUUAGAACCUGUUGUGUUUUUAGCAAAAGGUGCUAGGGUCAUGUUAACCAUGAAUUUGUGGUCAAGUGUUGGUCUCUGCAAUGGUGCUACUGGGACAGUUGUUGAUAUUAUCUAUCAGAACAACCAUCAACCACUUGACUUACCUGUUGCGGUAAUAGUAGAAUUUGAAAACUACAGAGGACCUGUUUUUUAAUGAAAUCCAACCAUUGUGUAUCCCAAUAUAUCCAAUCACUGUCACAUCACAGACAGCAAUAGGUUUCCAUGAGAGACAACAGUUGCCUCUUAGGCUUGCUUGGGCUAUAACAAUACACAAGAACCAAGGACUUACGCUUCCAAAAGCAUGGAUAGAUAUUGGAAAAUCUGAAAGAACUGCUGGAGUUUCCUAUGUUGCUAUUAGCAGAGUAAAAUCACUUGCAUCUUGUGUCAUUGAACCAAUGACGUAUGAACGAUUAACAAGCUUGAAAUCAUCAGCUAACUUACAAUAUAGGCUUGAAGAAGAAAACAGGCUAGAUCAGUUAGCACAGGCUACCAGCAGUGUAUUUACAACAACAGACUAUUGA